GAGUAAGGCAGAAGCUUUUGCGGUAUUUACAUUCAGGACAGUUAAGUUUUGUUGCCGGGAUCAAAUAACAAGCUUUCAACUCAUUGAUUUUUUACAACACUAUCAUGAUGAGUUUGACAUUAUUUUUGCUACUUGGGAUCAGCGUCCUCAAAGGCAUUGAUUCAACCUGGAUAAGCAGUAAGACGGAAGACAAACCGGCACCACUGGAAGAAAUCAACAUUCUCAUGUUUGGUGCCCUUCAGUUCAGCAAUUCUCUCAAGCUUGCCUACGAAAGCACGGACGCAAAGAUAGCAAAGAUCACCAGCACUUUGAACAACCGUGAGGGCGCUCUGCUGGAGCUGAUGAAGCAGACAGAGCAGGCCUUGGAGGAAGAGAGACAGAUGAAAAGUGCGAUGCGGCUGCUGCGGGCACAGAUGGACAAACAAUACGCUCAAGCCAAGUUGACUAAAGACUGGCUGGCCGAGUUUGACAACGUUGAGGCAGAGCUCCGGCAGAAAGUGAAGAGAAUGGAGGCCCACUUGAACAGCAUAUCUCCUGGCAGGCUCAAGGAACUUCAGGAGAGAGCAGCUGAGAACGCCAUUAUUUUAAAAGGCUUACAGGACUUGACCCAGUUCCAACGGCAGAAUAUUGAGAGUCAUGAUCAACAACUUGGCAUAUUAGAAAAACUGGUUGGUCACUUUCAUUUAUUCAUUCAUUUAUAGAGUGAUCAUUUGUUUCUUACUUCAUUUCCUGAAAGUAUCAUCUCAUCCUGCAGGCAGAAGCUGCUUGAAUGCAGUUGACUACCGUUCUGCACUCCGCAUCACCGUUUGACUGUAAAUGUAUUUUUUUAUGAUGGCUAUGAAAAUGUUAACUUAUCUAUCGUAUAACGAAAACGUUUUCAAUUAAAAAGAAUAUGGAAACAGUAUUCAUCAACAGUUUUUGAGAAGAAGAAAAUUUUAAAACCAUAGGUGUGAUCAAUGUGUCCUUACAGUCAGUGCUUCCAUCUACGGUGUUGGUGGUGAGGAAAUGAAACCUAGUCACACUUUCAGUAAAUCAUGUCUGCAUUCACUGCAGCUCAUCAUUGGGACACCACCUUCAGUGCAUGACGACAUGAGUCAUGGGGUUUGCUCAGAUUUGUUUUCCACACAGAACUCUGAGUUCAAGAAUUCAUAACUACAUCCAAAGUCAUUGUACAAAUGAAUACCAUUGCGGUAAAACGUUUGUUUACCUGUAGAUGGUGUGCGGUGUGUAAACGUAGCGAGCUGGAAAUUCCAGCACAUUUUUCGUUGGGCGAACACGCGGGUCUGGGUAAGGCUUCACGUGGAGCAGCUCUGGCGACAGGCAGUAAUGAGGGGAGUCCGGUGCCGGGGAGAUGUCUAUCUUCAGUUGGGCUGAACAGGCACAACGAGAAAGACUUCAGAACAACGCACAUGAUCUUAUCAACUGAUUCAGUGUAAAACAGUCUGGCAAAAUGUCACAAAAUGUAUUGAGACACUAGUAUGACAUAUUUCAAAGCAAUGACAGAACCUGCAACCUUGCACUGACAACUACUGUCAAUACAUAGGCAAAUAUUAGCAAAAACAUUGAGAAUAGUGCAAAGUCCAACUUUACAAAUUGACAUGAACUGAUAUACAUCCUACAGUUAUUUUCUGACAUUGAGGUCCCAAAUGAUAAGCCAACUGAAGUCUGAAUUUCUAGCAAGAAACUGGGAUUUAGGGUUCAAUGGCAAGUUGCGUAUGCACAAAACAAAACACAAAAAUCAUGGCUGCAUUUAGCUCACCUGUAACCGGUCUUAGUCUCCUCAGAACUGAAGACGGUCUACGCAUGUCCGCCAAAUACUUGUAGAGGUCUUCAUCACUGAGUCUGUCCCCCUCCUGUUUGUAAUAAACAAAGACCAUGUGCAACGUUAAGAAGAAAAAAUGGUGAGGUGACCGACUUUCAAGAUGACUUCUCAGUUCCAUUGAAAGCAGACCUGCUUGAAAAAGUUUGUGACUGUCAAUGUUGCUGGGCGGAAAGUUGCGAAGUUACACAUGUCGUCCCCAAUACUCAUUCGCUCAUAGGCUUUUUUCUUUCUCUCAUUCCAUGUUCCAUGCCCUUUACGUUCUGAUGGAGACAUGAAAGAAAAAGCCAAGCCUGUGAAUGUGCAUUUAAAAAAAAAUGUAAACAUUGUUCCGUAUGUGUAACUUAGUAUUACCUGAGUCGGAGUCUGAAUCUGUGCGAUCUAGACCUCCCACACUGCUGACAAUGUUGAGAAGGUGGAUGGCUGUCCAAGCGAAGGGCAUUCGAAAACAGCCCAGACGACUGCAGGAUUGCUCGGCUUGUUGGCGAAGCUUGUCUAGUUUCUCUUUGUGCUGCAGAUGUAACAAAGAAAAUAUAAAUAUAUUAGCAAAAAUAAAUUAUGGGAAUCAGAAUGUAUUCAUUUUCCUAGAUUCCAAAGUUAAUGAAGAUGCUUUAAACUUUACAAAGAACAUUAAUUUAUAAUCCCUUGACUGAAGAGAUGGUCAGUGCAGCCAACAUUGAUCAAACAUCUGCUCAUAUGCCAUGUGAACUUACCAAAGAGGAAAGUAAAUAUUACAUGUAGCGAGACAGUAUUGGGUAAUUUGGCAAGAACACAUGAACCUGGCAUGUUUAUCUUGCAACAGUUUGCAGCAGCUCACCUUGGUGGAAUCAGAUUCCUUCAUGACCAUGUAGGGUUCACAGCACUCUCCAAUGUCGCCCUGCUGAAGCACUUUCUCCAGCUGAAAUCAAAACAUAAAAACAUUUUUAGUACUUCAAAAAAAAAAAAAAAAAAAAAAGGUAAGAGAUAAGAUACUGGGUAACUGCUAUCAAACAGUUAGCAUCAGAAAGUUGUGAACAUAUUUUUAAACUGAAUAAAGUGUAACUGUAAACUGAAUAAAAUUUAGCCAGAAUGCAACUGCUACAGGAUAGUUUGCUGUGACAAAACUCAAACAUAGAAGACUGUAUUUUAAACAGAUCUUGAUUGAAUACAAUAUUAUUUAUUAUUUUCUUGGAGGUCAUAGAAAACUUCUGGCUCAGGCAGUGACUGAUUUCUCUCAGUACCUUAAUGACCAAGAAGAUAUCAGCAGAAGGAUAUGUGAUGGAGAAGAUGGCGGAGCGGGCCAGAGUGGAAAUGGCAAUGUGAGGCGUGUGUGGUUUGAGCAUCCCUUUCAUCUGAUCUGAGUUCAGGUCGAAGUAGAAAUUCUCUGAGAUCUGUUGGAGAGAACAAUGAGAUAAGCGGGGGAGAAGGGGAGGGGCGGAGGGAGUAUGAUAAUGAAAAUGCACAUCAGGGAAUUGUUAAUUUAGUUUGGACUGGGUGAUCGAAACUACAAUAUCACUUAGGCUCUUGUGAGGCCCGGGAAAUCCAAUAAGCCAAGCAUGAGCUCAGCAUUACGCAAGCGGUUUAACAGAAUCAAAGUCACCAAAGUAACUUGAUUGCACAGACGGAAAAAAAAAGAAAAAGAAAAAAGCAUACCUUCUUUUUUUCCUUGACAUCAUACAGGGCAAGUGAUCCGAAUAUUGGCUCGAUCUCUAUUUCAAACCUAAGAAAAUACAUGUAUUUGGGGGUUUAAAAAAAAGAGGAACGAACAGAGGCCGAGCAGAAAAACAUGAACCUGACUCACUUCAGAGACAGACACUUGACCAUUAUCCUUUGGCCACAAUGUUCUUUGGGCACUUCAGGGAGAGAACAUCUCUCCACGGCUUCAUCCUGCCUCACAGAGAAUAAGGUCAUGUUCAAGACACACACUGGCACAUUUCACCAGAUGUCAUGGCAACGCAGCAGCAAGGAAAGGCGAUUGUGCAUGAGCAUACAAGGAAAGAGAAAACCAAAGAGAAAAGCAAACAUCUUUAAAACAUCUUUUCAGGUUUGCUAUCCUUGGAAAUGAACAAGAAACUAACAUUUAAAUAGAUAGGGAUUGUUGAAAGAAUAGUGAAAGGCCUGGUACACGGACAAUCAAACGUAGCUCUUCAUCUUCGGUCGUAUUCAGUGUAAAAUAUACAUCAUUGUU